GCCAAAGUCGAAGACCCAGACCAUUUGAUCGUUGAAGAGGGUCCCAGUUACAAUGCUGAAACUAGUCAUAUCGAAAAAAUAAACAUAUUUUAUGAUUCUCAGAAACAUAAAACCCAAGGAAUGACACGUCUGUCCACAAAGGAGCAAUCUCAAGAAUAUAUCCAAUAUCUGUGGACAUCUGAAGAUUUUCUGGCAAGAGAUCUUAAAUCGACUAACUAUUCACAAUCUUCCGUAUUUAUGAAUCCAAAAUUCACAUUUUUUGAGAAGCUUUUAGAAAAGAAAUAG